UUUGGAUCCUCCCGCUUGCCUUCCGAGUCGCUGUUACCCGUUGCCGUGGGGACGCUCCCGGUUUCGCAGCGCGCUGGCCGGGCUCUCGUUGUCCCCGCGCAGGGCCUGACCGGGGGCGGUUGGGGACUGCGGAAUUUCAGGGCGGAGAGGCAGUCAGUCUCCAGAGACGGCCAGGAAGGCGGGAGCUUCGGUAGGAGCUCGGCCGAACGGCAAAUACGACGCUAUGGAAAGUAGACUGUCAGAAGAUAUUAAAGGAAUUGAAAAAGAAAUAGAAAUUGAAUUAAGCAGAAUGAGUGUUUCGUCCUUUGAAGCAGAUGAUCCUGACACAAAGGUAUCAGAUGAAGCUUUGAGUGACAGUGAGACAAUUUCAGAUGACUUGCCAGAAUCAGUUCUCUCCUAUUUAAACUUUAUAAAGAGCAGAAAUCAAGAUGCUGAAAAGCUUAUACUGCAAGACUUAGAAGAUGAAGAAACUACAAGUAACACUUACGGGGUAGUUUCUUGCCACGCUUCAGAUUACUUGGCAGAAUUGGCUUCUGAAUAUAAUGAAGAUCCAGAACAAUUUAAAAAAAGGGUACCAUUUGAAAUUGAAAAUGAAGACUUGCAGAUUGCUCCAACACCUAGUCGGUCCACCGGUGAUGAAGUAGUCACUGAUGACCAUUCUGUUACAGCUGAAGUUGAAAUGAGCAUAAGCCUUACUCAUCAUGAAGUAGAAGAAAAGUGUAGACAAGAAUUUGAACAGUGGGAGAAGAGACAAAAGGAGCUUGAAGAUGAGAAGAGGAAAAAGUGGAAAGCUGAAAGGGAAUUGCAGGAAAAACAGAAUAAAGAGGAUCACGCAAGAGGGGUUCAGCAUCUGGAAGAAUUUGAAGCUGAAAGAAUAAAGUUAGAGCUUCUUCAUAAGAAACACCAAACUGCAAUAGAAGAUGAGUUACAGAAAGAAAAGGAUGCCUGGAGAGACAAAAUGAUGCAACAUGAGGGAAUGAUCAUGAAACUACAGCUGCAAAUGAAAGAGGAGAAAAAGGCCUUGAAAAAGCAGAAAACAAAAGAAAGUCAACACCUGGCAGAACAGCAGCAUACAGCUGCUGUGAAAAUCCAAGCUAGAUUUAGAUCAUUUUUGGUCCAUAAAAAAUAUGCUUCUAUUUUAAAAGAAUGGAAAGACAAAAUAAAAAAGAAACAGAAAAUACUAAAAGAAACAGAGAGAGAAAUGAAAAAAAGAGAGGAAAAAAUGAAGAGGCAAAUGGAAGAAAAUAGGCAAAAGAAAGAAGAAGGAAAAAAGAGACAAGAAGUUGAAAGACAGGAACAUUUGGAACAGGUGAGGAAGUAUGAGGAAUAUAAGAAAAAGAAAGCAAGCCUGAGACUUGAUAGAGAAAAAGAGCUACAAAUAAGAAGAGAAGAACAAAGAAAACUAGGAGAAAUAAAAGCAAAAGCUGUGGUGACUGAAAGUGGAGAAAACAACAAAGAAAACAUGCAACAGGAUAAGCAGAUAAAAAAUACGAAAGUUAUACGAGAACAGAAGAAGAAACUAAGUAAGCAAGUAGAGGAACAAAAAGAAAAUGAGACUGAAAUGAUGAAUGAAACAAAUAAUUGGUUGAUUCCAGCAGAAAGAAAUUUGACACCAACAGCAAAUAUGCUAGGCUCUGAGAAAGAAAACUCUUCUCAUGUAAAUAAUGAGAACAUAUACAUGAAUUCAGUAACACGUGUAGAAGAAAAUGACUCACAAGCUAGAGAUCUUAAUAAAGCUCCAAACAGCCAUACUUCAGAGGAUAAAUCUAUUAAUUUUGGAGCCACUGACAUGGUAGAAAGUAAGACAAAUAAUAUAUGCAGCAGUCCACCAAAUGUCCAGCCAAAUGCUAGUCACAGAGAAAUCAAAGAUCGAUUUUCGCAGUCUGAAAGAAUGAACAAAACUGUGUUUCUAACAGAAGAUGCUAAUGAGGAAGUCGGAAAAACCUGGGAAAGAAUUCAAGAUAUAGCUGAGUGUUCCAGUAGACUAAUUGUUCCUGAUGAUAUUGAAAAGAAGAGAAUAAACUGGAUGAACACAUGUAAAUCUUGGUCUAAAAUAUAUGAAGAAAACCAAAGAAAGCAAGCAACUACAAAAAAACGACCAAAGAAGAGUUCAAUUGGCAAGAUGCCUCCAUUAAGUACACAAAAGAUAAUUCAUAGUGGCCCCUGGAGUACUGUGCAGCAGGUCACAACACUUACACUAGAAGAUUUGCCAGCUUUUAGCCUCUCAACAUUAUCUGAGUGUUCAAACCUUCAAGUUUUGACUCUGAGACGCUGUGGACUAGUUGCACUGGAAGGACUAAGUAGAUGCAAAGACCUAAAGUAUAUCAAUGUGGAGGAAAACAAUAUUCAGAUAAUUGACUGUGAAAAUCUAGAAAAUCUCUGUAUUCUGAUUCUGAAUAAGAACCAUCUUUCAUCAGUUUGUGGCUUAGAUGGCUGCAUAAAUCUCCAAAAUCUUGAACUUUCCUACAACAGAAUCACUCGAAUUGGUGGUCUGGAGUCGUUGAAAAGUCUUCAGCAAUUAAUUAUGGACCAUAAUCAUUUAAUCAGCACAAAAGGUCUUAGGGAGGCACCUACUCUUAUUCACCUAGACUGCUCUUUUAAUCAUCUCACACAAGUUGAAGGCAUUGAGAAUUGUGGCCUACUUCAGAUUCUGAAGUUGCAAGGCAAUAACCUCCAGGAGUUUCCGAGACUGGAAAAUCAUGUUCUCUUAAGAGAAUUAUAUUUGGAUGACAAUAGCAUUUCUGCUGUGAGAAUGCUUCCUUUGUAUUGGUUGCCUCUAUUGCAGAUUCUUUUGCUGUGUCAAAAUAGAUUAACUGAGCUUGUACCUUUAAAUUCAUUUGUAUCUUUGGAAAAGCUGGAUGUCAAAAAUAACUGCUUGUCAGACCUUAAAGGUGUCAUUACAUGGUUAAGUGGCUGUCAUAAACUAAGGGAGUUGUCACUCAGUGGAAAUCCUCUUGUCCAAGAAAGGAAUUGGAGGGCUUCGUUGUCUAAGGUCCUUCCUAGUUUACAGUUUCUUGAUGGUGAAAUCUUAAACUGUCAUACUUUGCCCACAACUGAAAGAAUCAAAGCAUCAGAAUUAAGAACUUUUCUGGAACUUUGUCAAGUUCAAAUUGAAGAAAAUGAUCUACUGAAAAAAAGGGCUGCUGAACUGAUAAUUGCCUCUUCUAUUGAUUCUGCAAAAGGACAAUGCUGGUAUUUUAAUCAGUUGAUGAAACUUAGUAUUAAACACCGAUAUGCACAUGAGUAUGGUGAAUUAAACAUUACCGACAGAGAUGGACCAGAAGCACUGAAAAGUCAUUUAAAGCAAACAUCCACUGGCUGCCUACAGGAAAAUAACCUCUUUAUCAUGGGUGCGACAGAAAAUAAACAGGACUUGUUGGAUCCUUCCAAAAGAUGGAUUACUACUGGCCAUAUUCAGGCCACAUUCAUUAACUCCUCCAUACCUGUGCACCAAAAGGAAAAUAAAGAGUAUCAGAGAGAGAAGCAGAAGAACAUUGAAUCUUGUAUUAAUUACAGUGGGGAGAACAAAGGCAACAAUAACAUAUCAGCCCAACUCACACUGCAACAAUCAGUGAUAGCAGCAAGUAAUAUGAGAAGAGAUCUUCAGCACACUGAGAAUGAUACAGAAAGGCUGCAUAUGACAACAUCAGUGAUCCAGUCCCUUUGGCGGCAGUGCAAUGCCAGCAGUAAAACUGGCUGCACCAAAACAGAGAAUCAUCAGUUUAUAGAAGCUUUGAGACAGAAGCAUGAAGCUGCCACACUAAUCCAGGCAUUUUGGAAGGGUUUUCUUUUGCGAAAGAAACUGGCGAGUGCUAUUGCAGCUGUUAAAAAUGAUGAAGUGGAGGAUGACUAUGAAGUAAUAAAUGUGGAUGAUUUCACGUUUUCCGAAUAUUCUAGGCCUUCAAAUUCCAGUGAACAUUCAAAUAGUUUCCCAUUGUCACCACAAGAAGUUUGGCAGUGUGUUAACAGACCACAUUCAUACUCAGCAGAAAAUAUCCGCUUUCACAGAAGGUCAGGGAAGGGAAGAAGUCAGCUUCCUGACUGGAAGGAAAAAAAGAAAUUUUCAUUCAUGUCUGAAAGAGAAGAGAAAAUUUCGGAAGAAUGGGGUUUUAAGGAUAAUUCUACUGCACAGCUGAUGCUGAAGAGGGCCCAUAAAAUGAAGCCUAAAAAAUACAGUAAUAAAAGUUUAGACCCAGCUGUGCGCCUGGCGUUGUUCAAAAACCAUGAAAAUAAACAUCUCCAUGUGAAACCACCGAGGAAGACACAGCCUAUAAAUGCUGAUUACUUUGAAGGUAAAAAAGAAGAAUUUUCUCAGCUGGAUACUGUUUUAGAUGAGAAAUUACAAAGGAGAAAAGACUUUACAUACCAAUGGCUUCAUACACAGCUUUUGGAUUAUGAAGCAGCCAGUUCCAAAAAUAUGAAGUGCUGUCAUUUUUUGCCUGAGUUAGAUCCUGUGAUACGUGACAGUAGACGAGUACAACUUGUGGCAAGCCCUGUAAGCAGAGAAGACACGGAUUUAGACCUUGUUUCCAUGGCCAGUGGAAGUGCUUUGACUGAGAACAGAGAAAAAAAUAAGCAGCAACACAGACACUCAGCAAGAUCUUCAAAAAAGAAUAUAUCUGAUCCAGAAAAGUCAUGUUUGGGUCCAUCUUUUAAAGAACGGAUAUCAUUUCGAGACCAUCCAGUGCAGCUCAGCGGAGGAUGGGGAGGAGGCAAAAAAAGGCAAAAGCUUAAAAAUAUUAGCUGAAUAUUGGAAAUAAUUUAACUAGUUGAUUUAAUCAAAUAUGGAGAGCU